CAAUGUCUCUGCGACUCGAUCCCGGCUCUGUGUCGAUACUACCUCGGGCCCGAAAGGACCAGUCACGUCAAUCAUCCUCUCGUCAAUACAAAUAGGACUGCUGCUGCUGCUGCUCGUUUUUUUAAAUUAAUUGACGCUAAUAAUCCACGCGAGUAAAAGAGUAAAGAAGAAAUCGUUCGUUAAAAGAAGAGAGAGUGAAGGAACUGGUAGCAAGAUGGCACCGUCUAUAAGGGCCGAGGACAUCGCGAUCGGCCGAUACACCGUCUUCUGCUUCGCGAUACUGGCGAUCAAUUUUAUCGGCGUCGGAAUGAGCCACUCGUUCGGCAUCUUCGCCAGAUACACACCGCCGGUCGAGUGCACGAGAACCAACUUGCUGGCGAAUCACUGGCCCGUCGAUGCCUGCUCCGAAAACUGCACGGUUCGCGAGUUCACGCCGAACUCGAGUCAACUGGUGACGGUCGCGACGGACUACGAGCUGAUCUGCGACAAGAGGGGCAUGACCAAUUGGAUGAGCUGGAUCUACCUUGCUGGACUGAUGGUCGGUGCUGUGAUUAUGGCUCCGAUAGUCGACAGGGUGGGCCGCAAAUACUCCACGACCAUCUGUCUCAUAAUGACGAUGGUCUUCGGUAUCGCAUACAUGACGACAUUCUCGAUAGAGAUUUACAUGUUCAUGCGCUUCAUGCAAGGCCUGUCGGUGCAAGGCAUAGAGAUCGGUACCUACGUGCUCGGUUUGGAGCUGAUGCCCAAACGAUUGCGCACGCGAGCGUCCACCAGUCUACUGUGCGCGCGGGCGCUCGGCUUCUGCCUCAUGUCCCUGAUCGACUGGGAGAUCGGCCACUGGAAGGGCGACGUGCUCGCGGCGACCGCCAUCACCGCAAUCGGCGCCAUCUCGUUCAUGGUGUUCAUGCACGAAUCGCCGAGAUACCUCUACACCGUCGACAACGUGACCAAGGCCGACCGUAUCUGCAACAUUCACAAGAUCAAGAACGACAGAAGAUCGCCGGCCGCCGCCGCCGCCGCCGAGGUCGCUGCUGCCGAUGACGAAGGCCAGGCGGCCAACGACGACCAAGACGUCUCGGCCGAGCAGACGGAGCAACAGAGGCGAGGAAGGCCGCAACGCCUCCAACGCGUGCCCAGAGUCUUGACCGCCGAGAACUUGGGCAAGAGAGAGGAGGACAUGAAAACGCGGCUGGAGCCCUCGAAUCUGUCGACCGUGUCCGAGGUUUCGACCCGUAACGCGAUGUCGGAGCGACCGGCGAUGAGCCAAAUCGGUGAAUCAGGAGAAGCCAGCGGUGUCGCCACGCCCGGCGACGUCUCCAGACAAGCGUCCAAGGGCAGCACCAACAGCGGCGUCGCCACCCCCGGCGACGUGUCCAGACAAUCUUCCAAGGGCAGCACCGGCAGCUCGACCUACUGGACGGCCGCGAGCCGAACGAGCCGCUUCAGUCGCGACUCGUCGCACACCGAGAGCGACGACGCGGUGUCGAUAACCCGAGGAGCGAGAGCCGGCUCGAUGCUGCGCAAAAUGUUCGAGCGCCGCGUCCUGUCGACCGAUUCGGAGUCGAGCUUCGAGAGGCUCGGCAGACAGCGCAACAUCUCCAACGCACCUUCGACGGAGCAGGUGGGUGGCGCGCAGCAGCAACAGGGCCAGAUGCCAACGAGCAUGAGCGACCAAUCCCUCGAGACGUGCGACUCGAUGGUUCACCAGAGCGGCGGUGGCGGCCGAGGACCUCUGCCCGCUGACCUGGAACGACUUCUGCCCCCGGACGCCGUCCCCGUCGAGCAGCGCCAAGCCAGCACCGCCGAGUUCGCCGCGUACGGCGCGAUGAGCCGCAACGUCGACGUGGAGAAUCCCACCGCCGAGAUGGAGCGCAACGCCGAGGGCGAGCUCGUGCCCAAGGGCAUGGCCAACUUCAACAUCAACCACUAUCCCGGCAUCAAGCUCAAUCUGGCCAGACUCGUCUUUCCGGGCGACGCCUUCACGCGCCAGGCACGCAACAAUCUGAUGUGCCUGUGGUUCACCUCCGCCAUGGUCUAUCACUCGCUCGUGGUGACGCCCUCGGGCAGACUCACCGAGAGCCGACACUGGAACGUCGCGCUCUCCGGUGCCUUCGAGAUCGCCGUCUGCUUCUUAAUGCACUGCCUCGUCAACCGAAAGCGCCGAGUUCAGCCGCUGAUAUACGCCCAGAUCCUGGCCGGUGGCGCCGUCCUCGUGUUGGGAAGCCUCGCGGCGACGCCCAAAGACACCUUCGCAAUACUCAAAGUUAUCUUGGCCCAUGCUGGAAAACUCGCCAACGUAGCGGUCUUCUACCUCUUACGCAUCAUGACCAUAGAGAUCUUCCCCACGAUCAUGCGUGGCACCGGUCUGGGAUUCUGCAUAUUCUUCCAGAUAUUGGGCGGAUUCGCCACCACUGCACUCGGAACCAGCGCCAAAAUCGAAACCCACUUGCCGAUGGUCGUCGUGGGAAUAUUAAGCCUCGGCGCUCUCUACUGCGCGGCCCACAUGCCCGAGACCGGCGACAUGAUCUUGAUGGAUUUGCUGAAGGAAGACGUCACCCCCUUCAACAUGAACAAGGACUCCGAACUGAACGACGAAACGGCGAACGUUGCCGCGAGCGACGAGGUAGUGUUCAGCGAAGACGAGCAACGGGAAGAGGUACAGUCUGGAACAGCAGCAGCAGCAGCAGCAGCAGCAUCACCACCAACCAGCGGGGAAGACAGUCCCGUUUAAAUUAUCGCACCUGCUUUUUAGAAUAAGUAUUAAAUAGUAAUGAUGACAGAGACGCGAGCGAUGUGUCAAGCCAGGUGUGUGCUUGACGUAACGAAUUUUUAUCUUGAGAUUUAUGUUAUGAUAUAAUAUAAUAAUAAUUGACUCUGAAAAGUAUUUCUUUUAAAUAACGAACUGUAAAUAUAAUAUUAUGACACAAUAAUAUAAACGAAUGAACGAUAAACAGUUGAGAAACUGAAGUGUACAAACAUAUACACUAUAGACUUUUAACAAUUUAACUGUGUAUUAUAAUAAUAAUAAUAAGAUUAAUUAAUGUGUCUUGAAAUAAAUGAUCGAACGAUUUCAAUAUAA